GUUGCCAAACACAGCCAUUCUUUGUUACCAAAAACAAUCAUAUGCCCGGGUAAAAUAGAUUAUAUCCGGAAUUCAAAUUGACCCCGUUUCUCAAUUCCCAAAUUAUAGGGUUUACAGUCUCUGUCGGUUCACUGGCGGGAUUGCGGCCAGUCGAGCUCGAGACGAGACGACACCAGGAGUACUUCUCGAGCUCUCUCGCGGUUUCGCCGCCGCUCUGCAGGUUGAUUUGUGCAUCACCUUGCUGCAUUUGGCCAACACGCCGAUCCGGUGUUGGGGUUUGACACUAAGAUGAGUUGCUUGAUGCAGAAACUUGAAGAUAUAUUGAAACAUUGCUGUUUGGCAUCUAUUGUGCAAUGAAAGACACUAAAAUAGGAGUUUCCUUGUCAUGUACAUUGGCCAGUUAAAUGUAGUUGCCACGUGUGGUCCAAGUUUUCUUCCAUUGUUAUGUCAGAAGCGUCAAGAGAUUUGGUUGCUCCAGCUGAACGCAAUAAAGUAGGACCAGAUCACUUCAAUUUCAGUGCACGUGAGGUAGCCGAGCUUCUAUCACAAGAUGAGGAUUUUCUGCCAUUUGUGGUUCAGACUACUGAAUUUGGAGGGAUACAUGGGGAGGCAAAAGACAGGGAUGUAACUAAGCAUUGCAAUAACAGUGAAGUUACUAAUGGCAUGACUGGUUCUGGUGCUUUGUUUAGUAAUGGUGUAGGAUCUGGGCUUUCUGAUUUCAGAAGAGAGAGGUUGAAGGCAUUGCUCAGGCAGAGUGUGUGUGCUCUCACUCAGGAAGUCGAUGAGAUUAUGGAUCCUGUUUUAGCUAUGCAUAAGAUACGAUCACAACUAAGAUACAAAAAGCAUAAAUCAAGUCGUUCAGGGUCAGUAUUUGAUGUCGAUGCAGGCGGAUUUCCUCAGAAGAAGCUUAGGAUGUCAUCCUCAACUGGCAUUCCUGUUCAUGCUAGUCCUGUCGAUUUUGAAACUAAUAGAGAGGAAAGGGAGCCUCUUCUGGAUUCAAGCAUGGCGACAGAGAAAGAAAAUGGAGAAAUAAGAGUUAAUGAUGAUUUGAAGUUCCUGUUAGAGAAUGAUAGCUCGCAGGUUGAGGGAACAAUGAAGAAAUACUCUGAUGAACUAUCAGCAACACUAAAGCACAUGGAACAGCAACUUGAAGAACUGCUUGAUACUGUGAUGUCCAGAUGCAGGCCAAUGACCCUUACCGAGAAGCAACAGCUUCGGAACCUGAUUCAGAACUUACCUCCGAGAAACCUCGAUCGGGUUGUGGAAAUAAUCCAACACAGUAAACCAGCAGAAACACAUUCUUGUGAAGAAAUCCACGUUGAUCUGGAAAAGGAGGAUGAUGCAACCCUUUGGCGAUUGUAUUACUAUAUUAAAGCAGUUGAAAGUGCUGGAAAACACUCGCUGUAAGCCAUCAUCAAUGAAUCCUAGGUGAAGGAAUCAGCAACACAAGGCUGCUCUGUGGGGUUAAUCCCUUUUGUCAAAUCGUGAUAGGCUUUUGCACUAUUGAAAGCAUCUAAAAAGAGCUUUACUAGCCCUUUUAUCAAGUGUUCUGGAGUUCUUAUUGAAAGGAAAUAGCAGCCAUUCAGCAUUGUAAGACAGUACUUCCAUUCAGAUCGAACUGUUGUCACGACAUUAUGAGCACCAAGAGCAGAAAGAGCAUACUUUUUUAGGUAUUGUUUUACUAUGAAGAGGAAGUGUGCCCUAGAUUACUUUUUGAUGGACUCGGGGCACAAAGUUUUAUGCAAAAAAUAUAGGUAUCGGCUACUUUUUUGUACUGAUUUGUACAACUGUAAAUUUUUGUACAUUUGAAUGCCGUGCCCAUCAUCACACACCCUCAGUUGGAACUAGAUCAUUAGAUUUCAGGUUGUUGUAACGUGCAAACCCGCAAGGCUGCAGCCCGAGCCAGACUUUCAUGUAGACUUCCACAAUUCAAUACAUAAUGUCAGUUCAACGGCUGCUUCA